UCCGCCAUCUUUGUCGGCUAUCCAUUGUUCACACUGGAGCUAACAGCGGUGGCAAAUCAUUUCAUACUGCGCAAUAAAAUAAUUUGAGGGGGUCACAGGCAGCUGCCCGCGACAGUCGUGGAUUUGCUCUCAGGGUUGCGACUUGUUCUCGGCCAGCAAGUUCAGCAGAAUGGACGAUGACCAGCCCAAAACCCUGUAUGUGGGGAAUCUGUCCAGGGACGUGACAGAGGCCCUAAUCUUGGAGUUGUUUGGCCAGAUUGGACCUUGCAAGAGCUGUAAAAUGAUUGUAGAUACAGCAGGUCAUGAUCCCUACUGCUUUGUGGAGUUCUAUGAACAUAGACAUGCCACUGCCACAAUCGCAGCCAUGAAUGGUCGGAAAAUUCUUGGUAAGGAGGUGAAGGUUAACUGGGCCACAACCCCAACCAGCCAAAAGAAAGACACAAGCAGUCACUUCCAUGUCUUUGUUGGAGAUCUAAGUCCUGAAAUCACCACAGAUGACAUUAGAGCAGCUUUUGCUCCAUUUGGAAAAAUAUCGGAUUGUCGAGUGGUGAAAGACAUGGCCACAGGUAAAUCUAAAGGCUAUGGCUUUGUCUCCUUCUUCAACAAAUGGGAUGCAGAGAAUGCCAUACAGCAGAUGGGAGGACAGUGGUUGGGAGGGAGGCAGAUCAGAACCAACUGGGCCACAAGGAAACCUGCUCCUAAAAAUUCAAAUGAAGCUCCCAGUUCCAAACAGCUCUCUUUUGAUGAGGUGGUCAACCAGUCCAGCCCGAGUAACUGCACUGUGUACUGCGGAGGCGUCACAACAGGCCUCACAGAGCAAACUAUGAGACAGACCUUCUCGCCCUUCGGCCAAAUAAUGGAAAUACGUGUUUUCCCAGACAAAGGAUAUUCAUUUGUGAGGUUCAACUCCCAUGAAGCAGCAGCCCAUGCUAUUGUCUCAGUCAAUGGCACAUCCAUAGAGGGCUAUGUUGUUAAAUGUUACUGGGGCAAAGAAACAACAGACAUGGUCAGCCCCAUACAGCAGGUACAGAUGCCACAGCAGAACACAGUGAGCUUCGCAGCGCAGCCCUACAGUCAGUGGGGUCAGUGGUACAGCAACACGCAGCAGAUUGGUCAGUAUGUGCCCAAUGGAUGGCAGGUGCCGAGCUACGGAGUCUAUGGACAGACCUGGGAUCAGCAGGGCUACAAUCAUUUACACGCUGGGGCUGGAUGGACUGGUGUUGGAGCUGUGAGCAACGGGGGCAUGGUGGAGCCCGGACAGGGAGUCAACGGGACGGUGCUAACCAACCAGGCCGGCAUGAGCACUGCCGGCUUCCACACCCACUGAUCAGUGAUCAAAGUAGCCCUCUUUGAGCCUCUGAGGCCACAUGGAUGAUACUCUGCUGGGGGGAAGGAGCGCAUUAGAUGUGCUCUCUCUGUAACCACACAAAGUUAUUCUGUUAGCGAGGCUGGUACGCCAUUUUUACCAACCUCCACCAGCCCAUAACCUAACCCACUGCCCAAAAUCUGCAAGUGUACAGAAAUCAAUCCACUCCAGAACAAUUAAACACUGUUAAUAACAGCUAUCGCUAAUGCACCUUGCAUUCCCGGGCCCAUUUUAUUCUUUGGCGUAUUUUUGUACUGCCUCCAUAUAUCUGGCCAAAUGUAAAUGAAACAACCGUGUCAUGAUAUUUCUAGCACAGCCACAUGUUAGUUUAGAAGAAAAAGAAGUGUCCAAUAAUUAAAUCUAUAGUAAAACACCAGGUUUUGUUUAUCUUCAGCCCCUCAGAGCCAAAGAGCAAGGGCAGAAUUUUAUACCAAUGUUUAACAAUCAUACAGGGAGAUGAGGGUAUUGGUUUUGCCACAGAAAGUACUCAACAGUCCAUAAUAAUGUUUUGAGUAAGGGGUGCGAUUUUAAUUUUUCCUUGAAAGUGAAAACUAGUCCAGGCAAGUUCUCAGGGUGUUGUGAGGUCAUUCUGUGAAAAGUAGGAAAUCACUGAGUACAAACAGGCAGGUUGAGGGGAAAGUGGACGCCAUAAAAUAAGUAAAUUUCUGCGCUCCUUCUACGAUUCAUCUUCUGGAAACGGACUGAAUGGACUGAAUUCAAUCUGUGAAUACGAAAUGUGUGUGUGUGCUUGAGUGUGUGCAUGAACUCUGAUGCUUUUUACACACAACACAACGUCCAGUGUCAUCCCCCCUUCCCCCCCUGACAAACUGAAAGGACUACUCCAUCUUUUUGCUGUCAUUAUUACUCUUCAAAAUGCUGACAUUGUAUAAAGAGCUUUUUUGCCUUUUUGUGUUUAAUUUCGGGACUGUCUUAUAAAGAAAAAAACGUUGCAGUGACACCAUCAAAUCAUGCGACACGUUUCACCGUUUUAUGUUUGUUUAUAAAAGUGGCUGUCAACUGUCAACAUUAUUUUUUAAAUUAGAUUUUCAAUAUCUCAAAUAAAUCAAUUGCAGGGAUUACUGCCACUCUUAUCUUACUUAUAGGCAGACAAUAUUGCACAAAUACUUAAAAGUUAUCUUUCAAAAAAUUUCAAAUACUAGGGAUUUUUUUUAUGUUUUUGCAUUCCACUUUGUUUUGUAAUUUGCUUUUGGAACUCUGUUUUAUGUGACAGUCUGUUCAAUUGUACCGAUCUGUAUAAAGACAACAUGUUACUUGCUUCUGGUUGGGUAAUGGGUUCCAGAAACAGCUGUUUUGACAGUAGCAUCCCUGUCCAGUGCUGGUCCGUGUACAGUAGAGAAAGUGCGAGGUUUGAUUCUUCCAGAGGACGUGCAGCAUUGCUAUGUAAUGCAAAAAAGCCUUUUGAUUGACAAGUAAUAACAUAAUUUAAGUUAUUCUGUUGUUAUUCCUAAAUAACGAUUGUUUUUAUAGAUUAAGAAACAACCUUAUAGGAUCAGAUUUUUGCACUGUGGCCACCAUCAUUUUUAAUAUAGUUGGAAAAAAUCUAUUGUGUUGCCUUAUUAUCAGUGAGUUUCUUUUAAUUUAACCAAAAAGUCAUCCAAGAGUAGGCGGUGCCUAAGAAUGUUUUCAACCUAUGUUUUGGCAAGGGAAGUUCUGUUGAUGCUUCAGUAACAUGGUUUGAGUUUUUGCUUUGUCCCAUUAAAUUGCUGAUGCUUAAAACAGCUCCCAUUCACACUGUUUGCAUCCUAUCUUCUAUAAUCAAUCACCAGGUUGAAUGUGGAGAAAGGAGGGUUUCAUUAAAAAAAUGACUUCUUGUUGA